AUGCGAAUUUUAGGAUUUUUGCUUUUUUUGGUCUCCAACUGCUUGGCUCUUCAUAAUGGAUCAUGCAUUGGAUCACCAUGUGGAUCGAAUGGAAACUGUCAAAUUGGACCAAUCAAUGGAACACAAACUACGUUUUGGUGCAGAUGCAACGACGGCUCCUACGGUUCAUUUUGCGAGAAAAGGUGUCCAUUGACUUUUGAUUCCAAUCAAAAAUGUGUCUACAACGAAGAGAAUCAAGCAACAUUAUGUGUUUGUAAAGGAGAAAAAUGUCAGAAUCGUGGAUGGUGUUAUUACUCAGAAGACAAGUGUCAGAAUGGAGGAAAAUGUGUUGGGAAUGGACAGAAUGCCACGUGUAUCUGUCCGACUGGAUUCAAAGGAUCGAAAUGUGAUGAGGAUGUGAAUGAAUGUCAAACGAAUAAUCAUGAUUGUAGUCCAAGGAGCACUUGUAUAAAUAUGUAUCUGUGUGUAUGUCCUCAAGGAUUCCUUCCACCUGAUUGUCUAACCCCUGGAAACUCAUCAAGUGUGGAGUUCAAACCUACCGUAUGCUUCGUGGAAGCCUCUCCAGAAUAUCCGAAAGGAAUCAGUAGAUACUGUCAAAAUGGAGGAUACUGUGAUAAAUCAAAUGGUGGAAAAUGUGAAUGUCCACCAGGAUACAAAGGAUCCACUUGUGAGAUAUCUCCAUCUCCCGAAAGUUCUAAAAUCGAUAACUGCUCGAAAAAUCAAUGUAUCCAUGGUACUUGUUCUUCAUUUGCUGGUGGAUUCAUGUGUCUUUGUGAUGAUGGAUUCAGUGGAUCAUUUUGUGAAAUCGGAAAAAAUCACUGUAUUGGAAACGAAUGUGCCCGUGGAUCCGAAUGUAUCAACGAUCAGAAUUCAUACUUUUGCGAUUGUCCACCAGGAAAAACUGGUCAAUUUUGUGAUAAAAUGGAUUGCUCAGCGAUUCCAGGAAUCUGUAACUACGGUACCUGUAUCGAUAGUCCAUUAUCUGAAAAAUCAUUCGAAUGUCAAUGUAAUACAGGAUGGGAAGGAGAGUUAUGUGAUGUGGAUAAAAAUGAAUGUCAAAUGUCAAAUGUUUGUAUGAACAAUGGGACUUGUGUCAAUCUUCCUGGAUCCUUCCGAUGUGAUUGUAAACGUGGAUUCGGUGGAAAAUGGUGUGAUGAAGCACUGAAUGUAUGUCAGGAUGUUCAUUGUGAAAAUGCAGGCACUUGUUUCCCAACUUAUGAUAAGUCUCCAGUCUGUCAAUGUCGAAAUGGAUUUAUUGGAAAACGAUGUGAAAAGGAAUGUCCUUUAGGAUUCGCCAGGAAUAGCGGUCCAAAAUGUUUUAAUGGAGGACAAUGUCUCGGUGGAUUCUGUGUUUGUCCUCCAGAUUUCACUGGAAAUCAAUGUGAUGUUCCAAGGAAGGAAGUGAUGACGUCGUUUGAGAAUCUAUGCAAAUCGGAUCCAUGUCUGAAUAAUGCCACGUGUAUUGAUGUAGAUGCACAUAUUGGCUACGUUUGUCUGUGUCAACAAGGAUUCGAAGGAGAUAUUUGUGAGCGACGUAAAGAUCGGUGCCUUGAGAAUCCAUGUGCGAAUGGUGGAAUCUGUCAUCAAGACAAUCGUGAAUUUUUCUCGUGUGACUGUCCAAAUGGAUUCUAUGGAGAACGAUGUGAACUCGAAAAACGAUUCUUCUGUACCAAUAACACAUGUAAAAAUGGAGGAAUUUGUCUUCGAGAUAAAAAAUCUUCAAAAUGUGAAUGUUCUUAUGGAUAUACUGGAAUUCGAUGUGAAGAGAAGAUCAAUUUGGGAAUGUUCAGUGAGAAGGAAUUUUUACUCCGAUCUGUCUGUGAGAAACGGAAAUGUUGGGAACGUGCAAAGGACGGAAACUGUGAUUCAGACUGUAAUUAUGCUGCCUGUAAAUUCGAUGGAGGAGAUUGUUCUGGAAAAAGAGAGCCAUUUUCGAAGUGUCGAUAUGGAAAUAUGUGUGCUGAUUUAUUUUCUAAUGGAGUCUGUAAUCAAGCAUGUAAUAAUGAAGAAUGCCUUUAUGAUGGAAUGGAUUGUAUGCCGGGUGUAGUCAGAUGUCCUGCGAAGAUUCGAGAAUAUUGUGCUGGAAGAUAUUCAAAUGGUGUGUGUGAUUCGGAAUGUGAUACAGUUGGAUGUGGAUUUGAUGGUGGAGAUUGUACCAAUCAAACAGAAACGAAGGCUUAUCUAACGGACAUCAGAAUAACAGUACAAAUGGAUCCAUCUGAAUUCCAAGCGAAUGGAGGAAAAUCUUUAAUGGAAAUCAGUGCAGCUCUUCGUGCAACAGUCAGGAUUCAAAGAGAUGAAAAAGGACCAUUGGUAUUUGAAUGGGAUGGAGAGAAUGAAAGAGAGCGAAAAUUAACAGAACAAAAUAUUCUAUCGUCUUCUGUUCGAAAGAUUCGAAGUGUUGGAGGAGAAGGAGUGGUUGUCUAUUUGGAAGUUCAGGAGAAUUGUAUCAAUGCUAAAUGCCUAUACAAAGACUCUCAAACUGUUGUCGAUUUGAUCUCCGCAAGACUUGCCAAGAAAGGAAUCAACUCUUUUGGUAUCCCGAUUUCAGAAGCAUUGGUAUCCACCCCUCGGAAAUCUGGAACCCAGUCAUCUGGAUCAUCGUGGAGUAAUCUGAUUCUAGUACUAACUGGAGGAUGUAUGAUGCUUGUUGUUGUUGCUGGAACAGUUACUCUCAAAGAGAAUCGGAAUAGGAAACGAAGGAUUAUCAAUGCACCAGUUUGGACUCCACCAAUGGAAAAUGAAGAUAAGAAUAAUAGAAGAAUGCAUAAUCAAUCGAUGAACUCUAGUCAACAUUCUUUAUUGGAUCCAACUGGAUACUUUGAUUCGAAAAGACAUCGAACAGAUUAUGAGAAUGGACACAUGAUGACAACUCAUUACAAUCAAUUCUUCCCUCAAUCUUCAAACGAUUAUAUUACUGAUUUCGGUGGAUCUGCAACUGAAAAUAAUAAUCGAGUUUCCAUUCAUCAGUGUUACAGUAUUCUUCAUGAACAAGCAGCUAGUGCAGAUCCAAUAACUGAACGGAUUACAAUGGAAUCUGUCAAGUAUAGAGAUCCAAAUUUCCUUCGAAAUGUUCUCCAUUGGCUUGCUGCCAAUUCAACAGGUAAAGAUGAAUAUUUGUUGGCAAAAGAGGCGAAAGAAUGUAUUGAUGCUGGAGCAAAUGAUACUCCAUUGAUGUUGGCAGUCAGAUCAAGAAGAAUUCGAAUGGUUCUACACAUGUUGAAGGCUGGAGCAGAUCCAUCGAUUUAUAAUAAAUCAGAGAGAAGUGCACUUCACGAAGCAGCUGCAAAUCGGGACAUUCGAAUGAUGAAACAUCUUCUAACUGACAAAAGAAUCAUUCGAGAUAUCGAUGAAUUGGAUAGAAAAGGAAUGACUGCUUUGAUGUAUAUUGCUGAGAGAGAGGGAGAUGAACAAAUUGAAAUGGUUAAGAUGAUGAUGGCAAAAGGAGCAAAGAUUGAUUAUGAUGGAGCUGCCAGGAAGGAUUCAAACAUUUAUACAGGAAGGACUGCUCUUCAUUAUGCUGCUAUGGUUGAUAACCUUCCGAUGGUUGAGUAUUUGGUUUCUCAAAAUGCGAAUAAGGAUAAACAGGAUGAAGAGGGAAGAACUCCAAUUAUGUUGGCAGCUAGAGAAGGGCAUUCAAGGACUGUCAUGUUUUUGGUUCACAGUGGAGCAAGUAUUGAAGCAGUCGAUGCAUUGGACCGAAACGCUCGUCAACUUGCUCUCUCGAAUCAUUUCCAUCAUAUCGUCGAAAUCUUCGAUAAUUAUCUUCCACAGCAUCUUGAAUUUUCGAUGGAAAUGACUCACCACCAUCAGCAGAAUCAAAGAAAAACAGCGCGACCAUCUUACAAGUCUAUCAAGAAAGCACCAAAGGCAAAGAAGGAAGCAACACCACCAGCACCGGCCACCGCCACGACUUCUCGAGAUUCCACCCAUUUGACGCCUCCACCCUCGGAUGGAUCUACGUCAUCACCAUCGCCACCGCACUUCAUGGCUAAUACAACGCAUACGCCUCCGACCAGUUUCCACUAUAGCCCGGAAUAUCAUCCAGCGAGUUCUGAUGCGUUCCAUCCUCAAUGCAGUGCUCUUCCGAAUGGCGAAAUGUGGUAUACGGCGUCACCGAUGCACCAGCACGAGCCGAUGAUGCGACACCAUGCGGAGGCAUCUUAUCAGUACUAUUAA